AUGGAAAUUGACGAUGGAGCGAGUUCAUCAUCAGAAGAUGAGAAGCAGAAGAACGUAAAACCGACACGUCAUUCAGCAGUUCUAAAACUGGAUUUUGAGUCGGAAGAGGUUGCGCGUACGGUGUGUCGUGUUGUUAGUGUUGACAAGGAGCCUAGUCGAAGCAACGCAGUACGUAAAUUUGAUGUGGAUGGGUCGUAUCUUCACAUAGAAAUCAAUAGCGUGGACAGGAAGUCUCUGCAGAAAUCUAUCGCUAAUGUACUAGAGAUGUGUGAUCUUGCUAAAUCCACGAUUGAUUUAGCAAGAAAUAAAAAAUGGUUGGACUUAAAAGGACCUACUGAGAAGAAAAUGAAACUAAAUUCGUCUAAUUCUAAGUAA